GGGUAUCAUAUACUGUCAGUGAGUGAACGCCGGAUUACAAAACGUAAACACACGAUGACAGUUCACUAGAAGACGAAAAUUUCAGCACUAUCCAGUCCACUAUCACCAUGAGCCUGUUACAAAACAUUCGAUUGGUUGCGCCAUCCAUGGUAGCUCGGCGUUCGCUCCAUGUGACCGCUACCAUUGCAAAAUCCCAAUCUGGACGGUACAAAAUCACCCCUAAAGGAGAUCGACCGCUCACCUAUGAAAUGGCCAAUCCUCCACACUAUAUUGCCCACCGGAAGGCCUGGAACUCAUGGAACACCUCCAACCUUGAGGGCGAGCUUCGUCCGUCACAAACUAUGCUGGAGGAUGAAUUUAUCCGGCGUUUCAUGACCGGCACCUGGCAUGGGUUGGUUCUGUCCGAGGUGAUCAUCAAGCGCCAGCACAAUCACGUCCGGAUAGCGGCAAUACUGCGACGGGGCAUCACGCCACGCAAGAUGUACUUCCUGAUCGGGUACUGCGAGGAACUGUUAGCCUACUGGUUGCAGUGUCCCGUUACUUUGGAACUGCAAACUACCGAAGACCGCAAGGAUGUUAUAUUUAAGUAUAUCUAAGUGAGCCAUGCAUUGGUAGAACGGAGGUGUUAUUGCAAAAUAAAUGUUGAUUUCUAAUACACUAGAAAAUUAAA